AGGGGACCCUCUGCCUAGGCUCUGGGACUGCCCCUCUUCCUGGUGCCCUCCCCUGACAGCACCAGCCUGAGGGGCUGGGAGGGAACUGGCAGAGGGAACAGCAGGCCAGAGGGCAGAGUUCUCUGUGACCUGGCGUGGCCGUUCCUCUGUCUGAACUUAUACCUCUAGUCUACUGGGGCUGGCUGAGAUGGGCCGUGCUGGCAGAGGGAUGGCUUGUGCUUGGCCAAGAAGGGGGUCAGUGAUUUGUGAACGAAGAUGGAGUCCCAAGGGGUGCCCAGUCCUUUUUUCAGGAUGCCUCCCAUGUUCUCACUUCUCUUCCCUGGGAGGUCUGCAUUUCCUCCUGGCCUUUCCGUCUUCAGGGGAAUCAGUGCUUCCUUUCCUCUUCUGGAAGCAUCCCUGGGGUAGGGAAGAUGUAAGCCUCCAUCCAGGUCUUGUUAAGGCUCACGGGUCCAGGAAAGGAGGGAGUCCUUUAGUGAGGGAGUUCUGGUCUUUGAGGUUCUGGACCUUUCAUUGUAUGCUCUGCAGUGACCUGUGCUAGUCCUGAGACAGGUGUGAAGGCCCAGGUAGAAGGGAAGAGCCGCCCCGGGCGGUUGGGGCUGCUGCCUGGCACUGCCAGCGGCAGCGUGCUUGGAGUGGGUGUUGGGAAGAGUGCAGUGUUUUUGCCCAAGUCCACCGAGUGAGGCCUACACAGCCCUGGGGGUAGCCAGUCGGCCACCUGGGCCCAUUCGUGAGAGUGGCGGAGCCCUGAGAGCUUCCGUGCACUCGCAGGAGCGCAGUCAGGGUGAGGGGCUGGUGCUCAAAUCCUUCCCAGCCUCGAGGCCCUGCUUCUCUGAGCUUUAGUUUCUUCCUCUGUGGUGGGAGGAUAAUCCGGGUCAGGGCUGUUGUGAGGAUUAGCCCAACACCUGGCACUGGGUAAGUACUUAGUACAGGGCAGUCACAUUAGUACUAUUCCUGUUGUCACUGCCACGAUCCUCUCCUUAGGUGUUGUUUUGAGGGGGCCCAGAAGACAGGCAGCCUCACUCAGGUGGUUAUCUCUGAGGACUGAGGGGUGGGGGCCCAAGGCUUCUUCCUGGAGAAGAAGGUGGGCGAGAGGACAGGCGGCGGCAUCUCCGGUGCACCAUCCUCUGGCCCAAAUGCACCUCGAGUACGUACCAGGUGAAUAUAUAGAUAUCUCUCCCUCCGGCUCCCUGAGUCCAAGAGCGGGAAAGACUUUCUUCCCUCUGGCUUGACCUGCCUCUGGCCAGAUCAUGGCUUAUCUGAAGGCCUGAGAGGUGGGGCACCCAGCCCUACCCCAGCUUUCCAGUUCUUUCUGUUCCCUUCCUAGGGGUUCCUGAGACACACCGGGCCAGCACCUGUGCAGAGAUCUUACAGGGGAUUUCCACAGCCGUCAUUCCUGGUGAGCAGCUGAGGUGAGUGGAACCCUGGGAUGGGCCUGUGGGUCCCGGACACUGCCUUUCUGGGCCCCCAGAAGAACUCCCAGGCUGGGAGUGAGCUGAGAGCUGGCCACCAUGAUGGUUGGUCCAGGCACAAUGUCCAGCAGAUUUGAGGAAGUCACAAGAGUUGGGGUCCAAGAGGUGGAUCCUGGAGGGAAUGUGAUUGCUGUCGGAAGCAUCCUUGACACUGACAGAUUUCACUGCUAUUCUCUGGUGAGGGGGAGGAGAAAUUUCUGGGGAUACCAGUACCACAGGAUAGACCUCACCCAAGAGGACAUACUGGAGAGAGGGGAGGGUAAAGGACUGUUUGAUAAACUGGGUUCUGGGCCCCAAGGUUAUUUACCCUUCUCUUUCCAGAGAACUCCAAAGGCUGAGUUCCAAGUUCUGGACAUGGUAGACUCAAAGGGAAUGUUGACAGUGAAAUUACCCAAAGAAAUAACAAUUGUAGGGGCCUUCCUAGUCAAGAUACUGGAGACCCAGAUACCCCAACAAUAUCUGGAUUCCCUUGAGCACAGGGAGGCUGGAGUUGGGCAGCAUGGGGAGGGAGAGGGGGAAUUCCUGUUUUUGGGCACCAGGAGUCUGAAGAUGUCGGAAAGUGUGGAGCAGCUCAGUGGAGGAGACUCAACCUUCUCCAGGGCUAGCCCUCCCCAGUAUGCUCUACCCCCGCCUCCUCUCCCUCCAGGAAGCAGAAGACUACCUACUUUGUUGCAGUCAGUCCUGAAAAGGAGAGCAGACCUGUAUCUGGUGACAGAGACUCUGGAGAUGGCAAGGAAGGAAACCCUGAAAAGGGAACGGCAGUGUACACAGCAGAGCUGGAGGAACACAAGGUUAGGAUCCUGGGAGGCAGGGCCUAUGCGAGAACCAAGCCUUGGCCCACUUGCCGUAAGCCAGGGAUGCCAGCCCAGGCCCCCGGCUCUUCAGGUCUUCUUCCAGACUUCCCUGAGCAAUCUCAACUGCUCCUUGGCCGCCUUAGGCCUUCUCUUCUUGCCCCAAGAGAGCGUGUGUGGCAUUGCUAAGUCCCUCCACUGUUAUUCUCCUGUGAUGCCCUGUUUUCAUUUGCUUCUCAGAGUUUCUCACGGUUCAUAAUUACAUGGGGAUUUUUGCUUAUUGUCUGCCUCCCUUUCUGAGAGACAGGAAGGCAGGAGCCACAGCGCCUGGAAUAAAAAGGUCCUUAAUAACCAUUUAUUGAAUCAACAGUGGAAACAACAUGAGUUUUGGGGUCAGGUGCGGGUUCAUAUUUCAGCUCUGCUCCUGUUUUAGCUGUGAAACUGGCUUACCU